AUGGUAAUUAUGUGGAAUUUUUUUAACUUUAACAAUAUUGAUGAUAAAAUAAGAAAUUGUAAAAACGAAAAAGAAAUUUACACUCAUGAAGAUUUAAGAUACUACUUUGAAAAAUUAGUAAAAAUAAAUCUAAAUAAUGUUAAUGUAAAUAAUUUCAUUGAGCUAAUAAGGAAAAUUACACAAAUAACAAUAUGGGGAGAUAAACAUGAUGAUCAAAUUUUUCAAUAUUUUUGUGAAGAUAAUAUUUUCAAUCAUUUUAUUUAUUUACUUAAACAAAAAAUAAAUAAAAAUAUUAGAAUUCAGAUAUAUCAGUCAUUAACUUUAUUAAUUCAAAACUUACAAAAGGAUAUUUCAUUAUAUUAUAUAUUUAGUAACAAUAAGAUAAAUAAUCUAAUUUAUACAACCUUUAUUUAUCAAGAUGAUGAAAUAGUGCCAUAUUAUAUAUCUAUGAUUAAAUCUAUCUCAUUUUUUUUAAAUUAUCAUACAUCAAAAUUCUUUUUUAAUGAAAAGAGCAUGAAAUUCCCUUUAUAUACAGAAUCAUUAAGACUAUACAAGUUUAAUGAUAUAAUUACUAGAACAUAUAUUAAAAAUAUCAUCUUGAAUAUUUUAAAAAUUGAAGAUGAAGGUAUAGAAAAUUUGAUUUUAUUGCGAUCGUCUUUUUUUACUAUAUUAGUAUGCUAUAUGAGAAACAAUAUGAUAAAAAUGAAUAAAGUGUAUACAAAAAUAAAAGAAUCAAAAAAAUUAAAAAAUCUUUUUAAUAAUUAUUUAGAUGAAAUUGAUGAUGUUUUAUAUUUUUUUGAAGAUAUGUUUAACUGUAAAAAAAAAAAAAUUAAUGAUAUGCUAAUAGUUAAACUUUUAAUUUAUUUUUAUUUUCCAAUUAUUUCAUCAUUUCAUAAUUCAAUAUAUUUUGGUGGAGUAAAUUCUGAAAAUAAUAAUAUUUUUUAUAAUUCUGGAAAAACAGAAGAAAAUUUAUUUAACAAAAGCGAUUCAUUUUCAACUAAUGAGAAACUAAGUCACGGUAGUAUUGAUUACGUGUAUUUCACAAAUCAAGAAAAUGUUAAUGAUGAAAAAGAAAAAAAAGAAAUAUGUAAUACAGAUGAAAAAAGUGAAAAUGAGAAAAAAGACAAGAAUGAAAUAAAUUAUAAUUGUGUCAACAAAAAUAUAGAAGAAAAUAAGGAAGAAGAAAAAAACAAUCAAAAUGAACAAAACAAUCAAAAUGAACAAAACAAUCAAAAUGAACAAAACAAUCAAAAUGAACAAAAUAAUCAAAAUGAACAAAACAAUCAAAAUGAACAAAACAAUCAAAAUGGACAAAACAAUCAAAAUGAACAAAACAAUCAAAAUGAACAAAACAAUCAAAAUGGACAAAACAAUCAAGGUUCAAAGAAAAAAGAGAUAAAUAUUAAUGACAAUAUUACAAAAAAUGAAAAGAGUAAUGAUGAAAUACAAAAAGAUGAGAAUAACAAAAAAGAAGAUAAUUUUAAUUUUUAUAAAGAUGAAAUAAAAAAUUUACAAUUGGAUGGUAUUCCUUUUUUAAAAUUAAUAAAUAGUAACUUCAAAAAUUGCAAAAAUUUUGACUUUUGUAAAAGUUUACCUUCUUCAAAUGAAUCUUCUAUAAAUUCUAGUAUGAGUUAUAUAGAAAAUAAGAAAACAGAAAAAAAUUAUUACAAAAUAAAAAAAGAAAAAAGAAAUGAUAAUAAUUAUGAAUUUCUAUAUUUUAAAGGAAAAAGUAGUGAAAAAAAAGAAAAUUUUUCAGAAAAGAAUGAUAAUGAAGUAAUUAAAAAUUCUACUGAUAGUGAAAAUAUAAAUAUAAAAAAAAAAGAAGAUAAGAAUAAUAAAGAUCUAAAUUUUAUAAAAGAAAAUGAAUUAGAAGAUUUUUAUUUUAAAAAAAGAACAAGAAAAAUAUUUAUUCAAUUAAAUUCAAGAAACGGAAUAUUACAUAAAAAAAAAAAAAAAAAAAAUCAGAAUAUUAAUAAUUACUUUUUUUUAAAAAAUGAUGAAGAUAUGUUUGAAAUAAAAAAAUUAAUAAAUAACAAUAAAUUUAUAAAUGAGAUUAAAAAAAAUAGUCUUUAUGAUUUAUGUUAUCUUGAAAUUCCUACAUUACAAAAAAAAAUUACAUUUGAUGAAAAUGUAAAUAAUGAUAUUUAUAAUUAUUUAUUUAAUUUUAAUUGCUUUACUUUAAACGUGUUAAAUUAUUACAAUGGAAAAUUAAGUAUAACUAAUAUAUUCUAUAACAUUUUUAAAUUAGGUUUAUAUUUUCAUCCAAUAUGUUAUGUUAACUCUUUUAAAAAUUUUUCUUUAUUAUAUAAUUAUAUUAUGAAUAGCUGUUUAUCUUUAUUUAUUCUUAUUAGAUCACUAAAUAUUUUAAAAAAUGAGAAAAUAAACAAUAUUAUUUAUUCACUCAUAUUUGAUGAGCAUAUUAAUGCAUAUUUUUUACAUAAAAUAUUAUCAAACGAAUUAAAUGAACCAUAUUUUUAUAAUUAUUUUUUUGAUCCUCACAAAAAAAUGAAUAUUAAUAAAACUAUUAGUGAUGAUAUUGAAUUUGAGUAUAUUUAUUCUUCCUCAGUUGAUUAUUUACUACCUGAAUACAACAAAGAAGAAGAAUCCUUAUAUUUAAAUUUAAUAAACAGUUAUUACAACCAGACAAAUGAAAAAAAUGUAAAAUAUAACAAUAAGGAAAAAGGAAAAAAUGAAAAUGAAAAUGAAAGAGAUGAAAAAAAAGAAGAUUUAUUUGAGCAAACAGAAGAAAAAUUAAAAAUAAGUAAUAUGAAAGAUAAAAAUAAUGAAAUAAAAGAAAAUAUAAAAUUAAAUGGAAUGGAUAAAAAUAAUGAAAUAAAAGAAAAUAUAAAAUUAAAUGAAAUAAAAGAAAAUAUAAAACUAAAUGAAAUGAAUGAAAAGAAUGAAAUGAAAGAAAAUAUAAAACUAAAUGAAAUGAAUGAAAAGAAUGAAAUAAAAGAAAAUAUAAAAUUAAAUGAAAAGAAUGAAAUGAAAGAAAAUAUAAAAUUAAAUGAAAUGAAAGAAAAUAUAAAAUUAAAUGAAAUGGAUGAAAAGAAUGAAAUAAAAGAAUCGAAAAUAAAAGAAAUAGAAAAAAGAAAAGAAAUAAAUAAUAAUUUUUCAAGAAAUGAAAACGAUACUGAGAGUUAUAAUAAAAUAAUGAAAUAUAACGAGCUGAGCAAUCCAAUACUUUUAAAUUUUUUAUUACUUAUAAAUAUACAAAAAGAAAAAAAUAUUAAAAAAUGUGAAAAAGAGAAUAUUAAAAAGAAAAUUUCAGAUAUAUACUUAUUAUUAAGUAUUCAAUUAAUUUAUAACUAUAUUAAAGAUUCAAAUGAUGAUUUAAAUAAUAUCCAUAUAAAUUUUUUUAGAAUAUCUAAUUAUAAUUUUAUAUAUGUUUUUUGGGACAUUGUAAAUAUUCAUAUAAAUAAUUUAUAUUUAAGAAUUAUAACUUUAAAAUUAUUAAUUAAUUUGACCUUAUUAUACAUUAAGAAGAUAUCUGAUAAAAAUAUAUGUAUAAAUUUUUGUUCUCCACUUUUAAAUUUAAUAAAAAAGAUUAAGAAAAAAUUAGCAAAUAAAAUUAAAGAUAUAAUUAACAAAAUGGAUUAUAAAGUGUGUCAGAUUUUUUGGGAGGAAUAUAGAAUUUAUGAAAAUUGUUGCCAAGAAAAAAUUAAUUUAUUUUUUGAUUCUAUGUUAAUUAAUAUUAUUAAUGAAAUUGAUGAAUCAGGUGAAAACAAUUUUUUAUGUUACCCUGUUUCCCAAAUAGAAAUAUACCGACGAAAUGUUCAUGCUUUAUUUGUAUUAGAUGGAAUAACAAAAAAAUUACAGAAAAUAAUCUCAAAUACCAAAAAUGAAGAAUUAAACUUAAUACCAUUUGAUUUUAAUAACUAUCAUAUAAAGGCUUUAAUAGAUAUAAAAAAUAAAAACACAAUUAAGUGCUACUUAAAAAAUAAUAAUAAGAUUUUUAAUUGUUAUUAUAUAGAAGAUAAAAAGAAUUUUUUGUUAUGUAUACCUUCAAAUACUCAUGUGAAUCAAGCAUUAAUUAUUUUUAGUUAUCCUUUAAUGUUAAUUGAUUUAUAUAUAGACAAAAAUGAUAAUAAGAAAUUAAUUAUACAUGCGUAUAGUUAUAAUAACGAAGAAAAUAAUAUGAGUGAUUCCAGUCUUAUGAAUUUUAAUAAUUCCGAAAAAAUUUUUAAUAAUAAUACUAAUGAUAAUAAUUAUAGUAACAAUGUGAGAUAUUAUAGUUCAAAUAAUGAUGAUAACAUAUUAGAUGAACAUGUUAAAAUUCACAAAAAUGAUUAUGUUUUAAAUAAAUAUAGUUCAACUUAUAAAAAAAAUAAAACGAUAACUAAUAUGAAAAAAGAAUGGUGUUAUAAAGAACUAAAUUUUAUGAAGAAUAUUUUAAAAUUAAAUUUUUAUGAUACUACUAGAUCACUCAUUGUAUACAAAGAAUUAAAAUCAGGUAUAAAAAACAUUAAUGACAAAUAUAAGAAAAAGCUAGAAGAAUAUCUUAAUUCAUUUUAA